AUGACGGAUGGGAUUAUCGAUGAGCCUCAUGUUCACAGUUUUGCAAACGCGCUCCCAGGAGCUGGUGUGCACGGCACAGCCUGUGUCAUCGUUCUUUUCGGGUCUGCCCAUCAUUCUCCAUUUUCUUGCAAUGUUUCCGUGGGAAUCUCCGUUUUCGCCGUCGCUCCACACUGCAUAUUCCUUUUCCACGACGUGAGGAGUGAAAAGGUUUAUGUAUUCCAGGCAAAAGGCUGCUUCGCGACGCUGUUGCCGAAAGAGAAGCGUUUUGCAGCAUUCGGGGAGUGGACGCGAUGGACAGAUCUUGUCCGAAUUGACUAUAAAGAUUUGGCACGGGUGAGGGUGCCAGCUGCCACCAAAUUAUCCCAAGAUACUGUGCUACUUCCGGAUGGACGCCAAUUCGACAUGAACAGUAUUUACAAUAACAAUCUGUCAGAUGCUGAUAAAAUGGACUUACUUUCCGAUUACUCGGCUCUAGAUGUCAUCAUCCUGGCCGCGAAAACUCGAGGAAGAGACACAGAAGUCAAAUCGUGGAUCUCCAAUGCUCGCACUGCCAGAGAAUCUCAAAGUCUCAUGUUCUUACGACGUGAGGAUUCGGGCGGACAGGCGAGAUUUUACCUCCUAUCCAUCCUGGAACACGCCGUCCGAAAGAGUAUCGUCGCAGAUCAGCCCGAGCUCAUGUGGCAGAAUAUCCGAACCUCAUCGGAAUCUAUAAAUGGUCUGAAAUUCAACCUUCACGACCAACACGCCAAGAACUGGCACGCAUUUGAGAAACAACUCAACUCAGAAUCAGACCUGUCGACGAAAAUGUAUCAAGUCUUUGACGAUGUCAUUACCACCAUGAACACAUACAAGGAAUGCGGGACGAGCUCUCCAGCAAUGCUGAUGCCCAUGACAUCCCCUCCAGUAGGAAAUGCCAGAGACCAGAGGAUGAGCCCUCUGUAUACUAGUCCCAACAAGCAGAGACAUGCCCCCUAUAUGUCGCGGAACAGAGCACAGAGAAAUUCCGCAGCGCAAGAUCUUCUAUUUCUUCACGAAUUCAAAGGAAAGAGGCAAUUCCACGGCAGCUCUCACCUGAGAGAGGCAAACUACAAUACUUGCUACGUCUGCGGACAAGAAGAUGUCAUUCAGACACUCCUACUACAGAAGUACCGAGGCGACGAAGAAACCCACAACUUCCCAACAAAACACAGUCACGCCAAACACAAAUACCCAAUGGUCCUUGGGAACUACCCCGAGACAGACAUAAUUCUACCAUUGACAUCCUGCGACGCCUGCGCAUGGCUCAUGAUUCAAGAAAAGGAGCUACCAAAUGGAGAGCGCAUCGAUGGCGCAUUACCAUUAGUCUCACUGGCUGAAAAUGUGAACCGACAACAAUGGAUAAACACGCUACUCAGAGUCUUCGGCAAUCGUUUCCACGAACGAAUCGUCCUACUAGUCUUCCUUUCCUCCCUCUACUCAACAAUAGAAGACAUAAUCACAAACGACGAACCAAACGCAUACGAUCUCAUCCAAAGUCUCAAAUGGUGCGCCCGGGCCUUGACCGAGUUACCUGGAAUUGCCAUCGCUGCGGGCCUCACUCCGGCCGGGACUCCAAUGUCCUACACAGUGGACGAGACGAUGUCACUACAGAAAGCCGUCGGGUUAAUAUUCUCGCCCAAAAGCGCGGCUCUGAUCGAGUCGUCGUUUUUGAUGUACCCGAUUGAUGGAUUUGUAGCCAUCGUCCACGUCGCUGAGGUCCUAGAGCGUGUUGAGCCGCACCAGAUUGAGAAAUUUGUGUGGAGAAGACUUCUUUACCAUUUUACUGAGCAGCAUAUCAAACUUCAUGCGCAGAUUGGAUUUGAUGAGGCGAAUUCGAAGCUCGAGGAAAUCAUAUUUGAGAGACCUCCUUCGUCAUCGAGCUCGGCAAAUAAAGACUUGGAUGAGCCGUUCCUGGUCGUGUCACCGAACGGACUGUCUACAUCUAUACAGAAGUUGGACGGGACGUAUCUUCUGCCUCCGUCUUCAGAUUACCUCGAGCAAUUCAGACGGAUGGAUUCAUUUUUUACGUCUAUUGAGACCACGACGAAGUACGAUGCUGCACUCGCUGUAUUUCUUCACAUGUUGUUGGAUAUCUCGGUUUCUCAGCAACGGGGCACUCUGGAUGUCCCCGACGUUUUCACACAGAUUCGAUAUAGGGCGGAUGAGAUAAAACGAUCUCAUGAGGAAUUGUAUGAUGUCUUUAUUGACCCGAAACUGAUCUCAGAAUCAGAUGCCGUCAGAUUGAUAGAGGCAUGGCAUCAGCAUGGCGAUAUUUCCCGCAAGAUCGCCUGA